AUGGCAGCCGAGACGGGGUUGGCCAACCAAAAGUCCGAACCCAUCCAUCCAUCACCGUCCAUCACCGUCCAUCACCAUCCGUCACCUUCCGUCAGCAUCAGAUCGCAGCACCACGGCGCCAUGGACUCGCCCAUUGUGGCCCAGCUCUUCCGGCAGCUCUUCCGCCAUUGCCCAGCGGCGGCGUGCCGGGCGCGAGCGAACCCCCCCCGCGGCCCUCGCCGUCGCCACGACCACCACCAGGCCUGCUCCUACGCCACCAGGACGUCGCGCGACCGCGGAAUGAAGUCCAACGAGAGCCGGUGGCAGCAGCGCACGAACCUGCUCCCCGAGGACAGGCGGGACGAGUUUGCCCAGUACCCGUACAUUUCGCUGGAGGAGCUGAAGAGGCGCAAGGAGCGGCCGCGCAAGGUCAAGAUGCUGCUCCGCGACUUCAUCGACGACAGCCUGUACAACCCCCACUACGGCUACUUCUCCAAGCAGGCCGUCAUCUUCAGCCCCGGCGAGCCGUUCGACUUCCCCGCCCUCCGGGACGAGCUCGCGUUCCAGGCCGAGCUGGGCCGGCGGUACACCGAGUUCGAGGACCGGCUCGACGCCGCCGAGGGCGAGAACCCCAGCCGCCAGCUGUGGCACACGCCCACGGAGCUGUUCCGGCCCUUCUACGGCGAGGCCGUGGCGCGCUACCUCGUGGCCAACUACCGCCUCACCGCGUACCCCUACCACGACCUGCUCAUCUACGAGAUGGGCGCCGGCCGCGGCACCCUCAUGCUCAACGUGCUGGACCACAUCCGCGCCGCCGACCCGCAGGUCUACGCCCGCACCCGCUACAACAUCAUCGAGAUCUCGCCCAGCCUCGCCGCCCUGCAGGGCCGCCACCUGGCCUCCGCCUCCGCCUCCGCCUCCGCUUCCGCUUCCGCUUCUGCCGCCGCCGCCGCCGCCGCCGCGUCGUCGCGCGGCCACGCCGACCGCGUCGACAUUGUCAACCGCUCCAUCUUCGACUGGGACCGCCACGUCCCCUCGCCCUGCUUCUUCCUCGCCAUGGAGGUCUUUGACAACCUGUCGCACGACGGUAUCCGCUACGACGUCGCCACCGAGGAGCCCCUGCAGGGCCACGUCCUGGUCGACGCCCACGGCGACCUCUACGAGUUUUACGUCCGCGGCCUCGACCCCGUCGCCGCCCGCUUCUUCCGCGUCCGCCACGCCGCCACGGCCGGCGCCUACCCCCGGCCCUACCCGGCCCUCCCCGCCCUGCGCCGCCUCUCCGCCGCCCUGCCCUUUGCCGCCAACCUCUCCGCCGCCGAGUACGUCCCCACCCGCCUGAUGCAGCUGUUCGACGUCCUCGACAGGUACUUUCCCGCCCACCGCCUCGUCGCCUCCGACUUUGACUGCCUGCCCCAGGCGGUCCGGGGGCUCAACGCCCCCGUGGUGCAGACGCGCUACCGGAGGAGGAUGGUGCCCGUGACGACCCCGCUGGUCCACCAGGGCUACUUUGACAUUCUGUUCCCGACGGACUUUCGCAUCGCCGAGGCCAUGUACCGCGCCAUCACCGGCAAGCUCACGCGCGUCAUGUCCCACGGCGACUUUAUGCAGCGCUGGGCCUACCUGGAGGACACGGAGACCAGGAGCGGCGAGAACCCGCUGCUGACGCACUACAAGAACGCCAGCGUCUUGAUGACCGUCUAG